AUGUGGGACAGUGUCUCACGUAUGAUUCAGAGACCUUCGCAGUCUCAAGAAGAAGUGAAAGAUCUACUUCAAGCAGCACCAUUUCAAAAUUUGAUACCGCGUCCGUAUGCUAAAGAAGGAGAAUCACUUGAAAUUAAAAUUCGUCGAUUAGAAGCAAAAUAUGCUGCCAUGCAAAUUGUGGCAAUUGUUAAAAAACUUGGAAAUGAAAAACAAGGUAAAUUAAUCGAAGAAGCUGAUCUUUUGACACGUGAACGGCUGUGUAUUGGUCUAACAACAUUCGAAGUAAUGUUAGAACGUAUUCGAACAUUUUUACUAGAAGAUCCAGUAUGGACAGAUUCAUCAUCAUCAUCAACAUCAAUAUCAUCAGCAAGUCCAUUGAAUAAUAUUGAUGAUACAUUUGAAUUUCAUCGUGUAUGGAGUGCAAUACAAUUUGUCUAUUGUCAACCAGUUAAAGAGACAGAUUUUAAUGUUGAACAAUUAUUUGGUGAAGGUUUAAAUUUUGCCGGUUGUACAAUAAUACGUUUAUUAAAUCAACAUAGAAGAUUUGAAACAUACGAUUUUGCUUAUCAUUUAUUUAAAGUUAACAGAAGUGAUCAAAAAGAAGAUGAAGUUAAAAAUGUGUCGUUACCAGCAUUUACCGAACGGAUACGAAAAUUUCAAAUAUUAAAUCAACAAAUUUUCGCUUGUUUAAAUAAAUAUCUUUGUCAUACAUCAUUGGAUGAGAUUCCAGUUGAUCAAAUUAAAUGUCUUACACCUAUGACAUUACAAACUAUUCAAGCAUCUGUUCCAAUCUAUCAACAACGUACGGGACCAGCAACAAGUGAAUGUUAA